GCACUCUUGUCCGUCUCUCGGCGUGGAUCUGGAGAGGUCGGUGCCGAUCUGAGGGGAGCAACGGGGGGGAUAAACUGAGAGCAGGUGGAGCAAAGGAGACAUGGAUGCCUUGGCGUUAGAAGCCAGCGGGAAAAAGACGAAUAAUGCGGCGGGGGUUGCCGUGCCGACGGGUCAAGCCCCGACAAAACGCAAACCUGCAAAAAAAGCUAAGAAGGCCGUUGUUUUCUUUGAGGUGGAGAUACUGGACGCCAAGACCAAGGACAAGCUCUGCUUCCUGGACAAGGUUGAGCCAAAUGCCACCAUCGGAGAGAUCAAGUCCAUGUUCCACAAGAGCCAUCCUCAGUGGUACCCAGCUAGACAGUCCAUUCGUCUCGACCCCAAGGGGAAGUCCCUGAAAGAUGAGGACGUCCUGCAGCAUCUCCCUGUGGGAACCACGGCAACCUUCUACUUCAGAGACCUGGGAGCUCAGAUCAGCUGGGUCACAGUGUUUCUGACAGAAUACACCGGCCCUUUGGUCAUCUAUCUGCUGUUCUACUUCCGGGUUCCCUUCAUCUAUGCAUCCAAAUAUGACUUCACCACCAGUAAACACUGGGUUGUACAUCUCGCCUGUAUGUGUCACUCCUUCCACUACAUUAAGAGACUCCUGGAGACCCUGUUUGUCCACCGCUUCUCUCACGGAACGAUGCCGUUACGGAACAUCUUCAAGAACUGCACCUACUACUGGGGCUUUGCAGCAUGGAUGGCUUAUUACAUCAACCAUCCAUUGUAUACACCACCCAUAUACGGAGAACAGCAGAUCAGACUGGCGCUCAUCAUAUUCCUGUUCUGUCAGAUCGGGAACUUCUCCAUCCACAUCGCUCUCCGGAACCUCCGCCCACCAGGAUCAAAGACCAGGAAGAUUCCCUAUCCAACCAAGAAUCCCUUCACCUGGAUCUUCCUCCUCGUCUCCUGUCCCAACUACACCUAUGAGCUGGGCUCUUGGCUCGGCUUCACCCUGAUGACCCAGUGUCUGCCGGUGGCCUUCUUCACCCUGGUGGGUUUCAUUCAGAUGACCGUCUGGGCCAAAGGGAAGCACCGCAGCUACCUGAAGGAGUUCCGCGACUACCCUCCGCUCCGCUCGCCCAUCCUGCCCUUCGUCCUGUAGAUCCAUCACCAACUACGAGGACGUCGUCCUUUCUCUAAACCUCACACUGGAUUUAGACUGAUAGAUUCAAAGCUUGAUCUCUUGCUUCCCUUCCUGCUUUAAAUCCUCCUCGUGUUGAGUAAAAAUGUAAACGACUAGUUUGUUAAUUUUUUUUUUUUGUAUUGCAGACAAACUGUUCUGUUCUGACUGGUUUACUUUUGACUUGCGUUCUUCUAAAAACUGCUGUAAAAUAUGCAAGAGUUCCAUUUUUAUUGCCUCACGCUGCAGUUUUCUGGUGUUUUGUUUUUUUUUGCGUGGAGCGGCUGGCAUUGAAAGCAUCUUUGAACUCUCACCUUGAAUUGCUUAAGAAUCUUAAAAACUCGAAACUGACAGAAUUGAGUGUUGUCUGAGGUAAUUUAUAUAUAUAUAUAUAAAAAAAAAAAAAAAUCAA